AUGGGGAGCAGGAGAAUAACAGGAAAUGAAGAUAAUCUACAAGAUGUUAGAUUACAUUCUCUAGUUACGACAUAUGCAGCAAGCCCCAGCAGACCUACCCCGAUUAGUACUCCGAAAACUAUCCCUGCCUUUUGUCCACCACUCAGUCCUUUGGACCCUUUUUCCUUGGGAAGUGGUGGUGGUGGUGCUCCUGGGGGUGACGGUGACGGUUGUGGUGGUGCUGCUCCUGGAGGUGACGGUGACGGUUGUGGUGGUGAUUUAGGUGGACUACUAGGUGGACUACUGGGUGGACUACUAGGUGUAGGACUUGGUGCUCGGAAUGGUGCUGCAGCUGGUGCUGGGACUGGUGCUGGGGCUGCACUAACUUGGUACAAACGGUUUACAAAGUUAGUGUAG